GUCUGUUGGCGUGAAAGUCCUAUGGAGGAGGUCCACCAUUUCUCAACCGUCCCCCUCUCUCUGCAGGAGAAGACAGUAACAUUCUGCACCCAUAUAUCGUACCCGUCGCUAUCAGCAGCUACCCCGCCCAUCCCCGCCCGCGCCCGCACCCGCACCCAUAGAAAUGCUUUUUUGUUUUGUUUUUAUUAAGAAAAGACCCGUGCAAUUCAUCCAUCUCAAGCUCUACAGUCAAAUUAAUUUAUGCAGAGUGUUGAAGUCCUGUUUAGAUCUACUAGGCCUUCAUUCUAUGUAGAGAGAUGAAUCUUCAAUCGGGCAAGAGAAAAUUGACUGCUCGAGAGUUUAAGGAACUUGUGACAUCACAGGCAAGGAGAGUGAGGGCCAAAGAUGAUAUGCAAACAAAGUCUCUAUCGGUUCACAACUUUGACGAUCACACACAAGAACUAACCUCUACCUGCGAUUCACAACACAGGAAUUCCAAAGAGGAUAAUAAUGGGACUGAAGGUGAAGAAAGCAAAUGUCUCAUAUGCUCUAAUGGGGGAAGGCUCUUAUGUUGUGCUGGAAAAGGAUGCAGGAGGAACUUCCACCCGUGUUGUGUGGACCCCCCCCUAAAAUAUUUCCCUCUUGGAACGUGGUAUUGUAUUUCUUGUGUGAAAAAGAAGGUGGAAUUAGGUGUGUAUGCUGUAUCUGAAGGAGUGGAGUCUGUUUUUGAUUGCAGAGACAAUAAUUAUGAUAAUGAAGUUACACAUAAGCAGAAGAAAGUUGAGAAGGAAUAUUUAGUAAAGUACAAGGGCCUUGCUCAUAUUCAUAACCGCUGGAUCCCAGAGAGGGUUUUGAUUCUUGAGGCUCCAACAAUGCUUGCACAGUUCAAGAAAUUCAAUAAGAAGGUGAGUUGGAAAAAGGAUUGGACUAUGCCUCAUCGUUUGCUUGAGAAAAGGUUGUUGCUAUUACCCGGGGCUAGUGAAACGAAUUCUCUGUGGCAUAAUGGUGAUGGUUCUGAUUCUCAUUAUGAGUGGCUUGUGAAAUGGAUGGGCCUUGACUAUGACCAAGCUACUUGGGAAUUAGAGACUGCUUCGUGUUUAAACUCCCCUGUUGCAUUAAAAAUGAUCAGUGACUAUGAGCGUCUUCGUAAAAAGCCAAACCUGGAUGUAUGUCCAGAAAAUAAUGACAAGGGUAGUAAAACACCUUUUCCUGAGCUUUUAAUAGCACCAUUUGAAUGUGCAUCUCAAGUGCACAUUAGUAAUUUCAUUUAUGUGAACAAACUUAUCCGAUAUUGGCAGACAAGAGAAAAUGCAGUUGCUAUUGACAACCAGGUUUUAAUGCAGCCAGAAAACAAUCCAAAAAAUAGCUGGAUGGCAGUUUGGGAUUCCUCUGUAACAUAGCAGCCUUGAGAGUUUCAAAGUCAUCAAUAAAGGUCUCCAACAGUCCAGUAUGCUUCAAACUAUUAAACCUUUGAACAACUUUAUUGCUCAGAUUAUCAUUAAAUCUAGCAUUCAAAUGAGCAAGAAACUGCUUCCAUCUUAACUUCUUCUUGGACCCUAUAUAGUGUCCAAACCAGCUCGCUGCCCUACCUUCUAAAUACAAUGAGGCUAGAUUGACUUUUUGAUUAUCAGGAAUAUUGCAAAGUGUAAAAUACCUCUCACACUUCUGAAUCCACAGUUUUGCAUUCUGACCUUCAAAAGUAGGGAAUUCUACUUUAGGCGUGAAUCGGAAGGCAUUUUGAUUUGAUGAUGCAGGCUUGGCAAUGAUUCCAUCCACUUCAUCUUCAGAUGAAGAUUCUUCUCCAGAUUUUGAUUCAUCGCCUUCACUUGCUUCGUCCUCCUCAGAUGCACUUUUAUUCUUCUUCAAUUCCACCACUUUCUUCAUGAUCUUACUCAUCAUAUCGAUCAUGUUUUGAUUCUCCAAUUUCUGAUCAAACUCCAACUGGAUUACCUUUAAAGCCUCAUAUAUUUCAGAAUUAGAGUUCCUUGUCUGCACCAUAUUUCCUCAACUUAACUAUAUGAAUGAAGUUUUUGCACUUUGAUUAUCAGUAAUUUGAUCAAGAGUCUCUGAUACCAAUGACACAAUUCAGGUUAUCUUUGUAAAUGAAUAGAAUUAGAUAACGAGAACUUGUUCAGAUAGAACACAAAACUUUAGCAUGAGGGGAGAGGUUUAGGGAAGAAGAUGAUUGUAUUAUUCAUGAUGAUCUAUUCUGUACAAAAGAAGCUAUAUAAUGAUUGAGCUUGAAUCAAAGUUAGCUCAACCCUCCAACUAAUUCUAACUAACUUUGACACAUGUCAUUAUUUCAUAAGCUUCUAAUUACAAUGCUUAACAACUCAUAAUUGAUAUAUCUUGAUGAUGUCGCUUGAUCAACUGUAACUGUAUUAGAAGAAAUUUGAGAACUUGAAACAUCUGCUUUGGAUGAAGCUUGCGAACUAGAAGAAAACGUUGGCGUGGAAUAUUGCGAAAGACAGAGAAACUGCUUGCGAUGAAGACGGUGAGCAAUACGAAUUUAAGGGCGACAAAAAUGAAGGGUAAGGAUCGGCUAGUAAAGAAUCCGGCGAACUUGGAGGAACUGUUCGCGUCUGCAAACUGGGAGAUUCUCCCGUUGAUCGUGUCGCACUUUGAUGCGAACUGAGAUCUGAUGAAGGAACCUGCGAAGAAAUCUGCGAUAAAACCUUCGAACGGACAUAAUCUGUUCGCCUUGAAGUUCUUGAUCUUCCUCGCUCACGUCGAGCGUUCUGCUGGAAAAUCAAUUUGCGCAGAUCUGUGAAGUCAUUCUGCCUUUCAUUCCGCCAGUUCCGCAUCUCCUCGCGUUGGUUCCGCAUCUCCUCGCGUUGGUUCCGCAUCUCCUCGCGAUAACGUUCAAAAUUGCGCUCCAGGAUUUCCAGUCUAUUUUCUACCGUUCCUAGUGUAGUAACCCGUGACAGGCGGCAGGAAUGAGGCUCUGAUACCAAUGUUAAGUAUGUAGCUAAUUCACAAUGAAAUUCAAGAAACAAAGAUGAACAGAGAUGUGCGUACAACUGAAAGGGGUCAUAUUACAGAAAAUAGAGAGAGAAAUACAAAGGCAGUUAAAGAGCGCCAACUCUCCAAGUUCCAGGCCCAAAUGAUAAUUCCCAACCUCCCUUCUAUUCUACCCUCAACAUCUAUUGAUACUCACUCUAAUAUUGUUCUUAUUUCUUAUUAUUCUAUGUGGGUCCCUAUCACUGGGCUCAGGGGCGGAGCUAGAAAAUUGUGUGAGGGGGGUCGGAAUUUAAUUAUAUACAUUAUCAAAACAAUAGAUAGUUGUUAUACAAUACUUGAAUUGAAUGUUUCAUAUGUAGCUGAGAUAAAUGGUAGUUUUAUAAGCAUUUUUCGGUUAAUGUAUUGAUAUAUGUGUAAUGUAUCAUAAUGUUCACACAAUUAAUGACUGAAUAGGGUGUGCCAAGCACCUUGUGGUUCGAUGGCAUCACUGUGAUACUCCCAAGGAGCAGGUCACAUAUUCGAAACUCAUCCCAAUCAAGGAUGUUGGCAUUUAACAGAACAAAAAAUGACUGAAUAAGGUGUUUUAUUUUUAAAUCUAAGAAUAUAAUCAACGUCCCACAUCAAAUUUUGCUUAUUUCAAGUUAAGAUGAUGCUGAUUUUUCCAGAAGUCGUAACUUUUUACUCGUAAUGAGUUACGGGACCCAUAAUAUAUCAAAUCGAAGGUAUUUCAGAGCUCUACAUUCUUGAACUUUCAGCGGGGUCGGCUGACCACCCUGACCCCCCUUGGCUCCGCCCCUGACUGGGCUCCAUAAUUCAGAAGAAUGGUGCACUAAAUGAAGAAGUAUUUAUAGAAUCAGAACAUGGUGGAUGAGAUUGAAGAAUGCAUCGUGAUUUUUAUUUAAUCGAGAUAUGCUAACUAGACUGAAGUGUGAGUUUAAUCGGACAUCAUUUAAGCCAGAAUUACUCUAUGGCGCAAAGUGUUGGGCGGUGUAACGAUGGUCAAAUUUAAAAAUGAGUAUGGCUGAAUCGCGUAUGUUGCGUUGGAUGUGUGGAAAUACUAGAAAAGACCGCUUGAUGAAUGAUACACAAAAGGUGGAAGUAACACCUACUGAAGAUAAGAUGCAAGAAUCUCGAUUGCGGUGGUUUGGUGACUUUGGUCAUGUGCGUUGAAGACCGAAUGAUGCACCUCUUAGACGAAUUGAGAGCUGGGGAGACGAUACAGGGAGGAGAGGGAGAUGUAGACUCAAAGAAACGUUGAUUAGAGGGGUCAAGAAUGAUAUGACACUUCUUGGGUUGGAUGAGAGUAUGACUUUGGAGAGAGAAUAUAUUUGUGGAGGAUUGAUCUCAUUGUAUCUUUGUUAUCUUCUCUAUCUUUUUAAUCCUUUUUAUAUUAAGUUUUUAUCCUUUUAUAUCUUUGUUAUCUUCUUUAUCUUUUUUUAUGCUUUUUAUAUUAAGUUUUUAUCCUUUUAUAUCUUCUUUAUCUUUAUCUUAUCUUUUUCUAUCUUUUGAGCUCCGAUUUCAUAUGUCGGUUUAUGUUAAACUCUUGGGAUUAAGACUUGGAUGUUGUUUGUGCUGUUGGCCCUAUGUAAUUAGUAGAUAUACAUCUGAUGCUCCAGGAAUUGCAAUGAUGAUAUAAGAUCUCUCUUAUUUUACAUUGCACUUGUUCAAACAUGAAGUGUAAGCAGUUUACCUUCUUUGAAUGUUCAGGAUAGGAUCUUGAAGGUGGUACUAUUAGUAUCAUCCUUUGCUAGCAGUAUGAGACAUCCGUUUUUAAUAAUCACUACCCAUACUUCUCUUUCUCGAUGGGAAGAUGAGUUUUCAUGUUGUGCACCAUCAAUCAACGUUGUUGUGUAUAAAGGAAGUGAAGAUGUUCGUUCUUUCAUUAGGACUGUGGAGUUCCAUAAUGAGCAAGGUGCCAUUAUGUUCCAUGUUCUUAUCUCUCACUGUGACACUGCUGAUCAGGAUAUUGAAAUAUUCAAGUCUAUUAGUUGGGAAGCCAUAAUCAUAGAUACUAGCCAAAGAUCAUUUGCACCAAGGAGCUUAAGACACAUCACCGUGCUUUCCAGCAAUAAGAAAUUACUUCUUCUCCGUCAAGUAGAGGACAGAAGAUCUGACUACCGCAAAUUUCUCUCGUUACUCGAUCCAGACUAUGAAGAGACAAAUGGUGAUUUUCCAGCGAGUAGUGGAUCUGAAACGGAAUACAUGAAGUUGAAAGAACGGUUCACAAAGUUUGUUGCUUAUGAAUGCAAGACCUCUGCUAUCUCUAAAUUUAUCGAGUACUGGGUCCCAGUCAGGCUCUCAGAUCUGCAAGUUGAACAGUAUUGUGCUUGCCUUUUGUCAAAUUCACACUUGCUCUGCUCAACUUUGAAGAGUACAGAUUCUUUCAGCACCCUUCAUGACAUACUAAUGGCAACUCGAAAGUGCUGUGAUCAUCCUUACCUGGUGGAUUGGACUUUGGGGAGGUCAAUUGUGAAGGGCCUUCCAGUGGAUGCCCAUUUAGAUGUUGAAAUUGAACUUAGUGGAAAGUUACAACUCCUCAGUAGGAUUCUAAUCGAAGUUAGGAAAAGAGGCCUAAGAGUCCUAAUUCUUUUUCAAGCUCUGCCUGCAUCUGGGCAGAUUUCUGUAGGAGACAUUCUGGAUGACUUCAUUCAUCAAAAAUUUGGGAAAGACUGUCUGCACGCAUUUGUGGUGAACGUUUCCCCCCCAAUGAGGCGAUCCAUACUGAACAAGUUCAACAGUAAAGAGAGUGGCAAGUUUGUGCUUUUGAUGGAAACUCGUGCAUGCUCUCCCAGUACUAAGCUUUCAGAUAUAGAUAGUGUGAUUCUGUUUAACAGUGACUGGGAUCCGGCAAACGAUUUCAGAGCACUCCAGAAGGUCAGCAUUGAUUCAAAAUUUGAGCACUUGAGCAUCUUCCGCCUGUAUUCAUCUUGCACCAUAGAAGAAAAGAUACUGAUUCUUGCAAAGAGGGGUUGACCAUCGACAGUAAAAUCAAUAGGAUAAAGCAGGCGACAUGCCAUGAGCUGUUGGCUUGGGGGGCCUUGUACCUAUUCAGGAGGAGCAGCAGCAGCAGCAACAGUAAUGUCACACAAUAUUUCAACACUCUUCUUGAUGAUGUGUUCUCUGAGCUGUUAAACCUAUUACCCGGUGGAAGUGGGAACGCUGCUGCUGAUAACAGCUGCUGCUUGAGGAUUUCG